UCCUCAGCCUUGCUCGAAACCUUCAACACCAGACCUAAGCAGGUCUCCAAGAGGAACAUGGCGAGCUCUAUGCCGCCUAAUACUAUUUUCGAUGUGGUGCUCAAGAAAUUCAUAUCCCCCCUGACCGACAAGGAAAAGGCCGAAUUCGGAUCCACCACGUUCCACGAGCUGCAGCUCUCAAUGGCGAGGAUCCAAAUGCAACAGUCGUCAAAAGGAAAACAACGAGGUAUGCAUCGACUAGAGGGAUUUCUCGAAGCUAUGAAGGAGUUCGAUAAGGUCAUUCAAGUGUUCGUCAACAGCAGUGAGAUCCUUGCCUUCGUGUGGGGGCCGAUGAAGUUCCUGCUCCAAACAGCAUGCCAUUUCUCGGAAGCUUUCGACGCUUUGAUAACUGCGUACCAACGCAUAGGAGAACAGCUUCCACUCCUUGCGCAACACGAAACCCAAUUUCGGAACAAAACACAUCAGUCGCGUAUGGAAAAAGUACUGAGUCUGAUGUACAAGGAUAUCUUGGACUUUCACUGGAAGGCGAUGAGGUACUUCAAGCGGAGGAUGUGGAAGCAACUAUUCAGCGCGGUCUGGAAAAACUUUGAGACAGAGUUUGCUGAAAUUUUACGGAAUCUCCGCGAACAUCGUUCACUGAUCGAGUCGCAAGCGAGUAUUGCUCAGCUUCACGAAAUUAUCAGGACUCAAGAGAUGGCUCAGACAACCUUGAAAAUGCAGAAAGAAGAAGAAAAUAGAAGACGUCGAGAAUUCUGUAUACAAUGGCUGGCUUCAGCUCCAUAUGAUGUCGAUCAAGACGCGCAUGCCAAAGUUCGACACACUUAUCCUGGGACAGGACAAUGGUUACUCGCAAACAAACGAUUCAUGUCUUGGUUUGACAGAGACAUGUCGUCCAACCAGUUGUUGUGGAUGACUGGCAUUCCUGGUGCAGGUAAGACGAUUUUGGCAUCUUUAGUCGUAGAAGAGACAAAAAAGCUUCCGGAUGUCACUGUCGCAUUCUUCUAUUGCAGAUACGAGGACUUGCAGCGUAACACAUUUGUUGCAGUGGCUCGCGGUCUCCUUUCGCAGCUUCUAAAUCAAGACGAAGAUCUUCUUCCAUAUCUUUACGAGAAAGCGACCAAAAGUGGUCAGACUAGCCUGUCUACAGACUCACUUGCCAAACAGCUGUUAGAGACGGCCAUCAAAAAUCACCGAAAACUCUAUGUCAUCAUUGAUGGGAUCGAUGAAUGUGAGAGAGAACAGAGAAAAGAGAUCGUCUCUACCCUCGAGUCCUUCUGGGAGUCAUUACCAUAUACUGACGCAGACUCGCUGAGAUGCUUAUUUGUAAGCCAGGAUGAUAGUGCAGCUAGGAAAGAUUUUGCGCGAAUGGUCACGCUGAAAAUUACUCAAAGCGACACAAAACAGGAUAUCAGUUCGUAUGCUCAUACCUGGAGUCAAGAGAUCAGAGCGAAGUUUGGGCUCGAUCAAAACCACGUACAGUGCAUAGAAAACAUGAUUGCGGAAAAGGCGGAAGGCAUGUUUCUGUUUGCUAGGCUUAUGAGCCAUUAUCUCCAUGAUCAAGGCAAUGUCGGAGAACUUAACAGGGAACUGUCACCGGCCACUUUCCCCCGAGGCCCGCUUAGACUAGAAGACAUCUAUGGGAAGAUAACGCGGAAACUAUUCGGAAGAUCUGACGCUAUUCGGUCAGAUUCAAAGAAGUUGUUGAGUUUGAUGAUCUGCGCUAAGAGGCCGUUGAAGUGGAGAGAAAUUCAAUGCGCUGUAUCCAUCGAUAUAGACGAAGAAAUAGUCAAUUGGGAAGAAAAUCGGUUUCCGGUCGACUCCAAAGAUUUGUGUGGAUCGCUUGUUGAGAUAUACUCGGAUGGCACUGUAAACCUGGUCCACCACACUGCUAGAAGGUAUUUAGUAGACGAACAAAUAAUCGAUCUUGCAGUCGAAGAGAUGUCGCUCACACUGCUCUCAAUCGGUUACUUGAGCAUGCAAUGCUUUGACUCGAGUACUUCGGACGAUGAAGUCAAUCUCUUCAUCUCGCUGGGAUACUACGGUUUCCUCGAUUAUGCAUACGCUUACUGGUCCCGUCAUCUGGAGAAGUCGCUCUCACUGGGCCAGCCUCAAGAGUCGAUCUCUGAGCUUACAGAAGCUAUUCAACAAUUUGUGGAGUACAACUGGAUAGAGCCAACAUCCAAGCUGAACGUGCCCAAAUCGCUUUAUGAUCAUCUGAAGCCUUUGGAAACGGCGAGUAAUUAUAAUGACGUCGUUUCAGCUAUUUACCUCGCCAGGAAGCAACUUCAUUCAUCUGCGAAAUCGAUUCAUGAUGAUGAUAACUUCAGACUGAAGGAAGCCUUGAAGCGAGUACGCGAUUGCUUGGAGGGAGAAAUUUCUGAAACUACCACCCCCGAAACCUUCAAGCUGAUGUAUGGGUCUCAAAUCUUCAAGUGUCCUAGGCCAAAUUGCACUCUCUUUUAUAACGGAUUCCCUACUAAACAGCUUCGAGACGAACACGUACCGAAACACGAGCGCUUAUACUUUUGUUCCUUCUCGGGAUGUGCCAUCGCAACGAUAGGACGCGCAACACUGAAAGAGCUCCAGAAACACGAGAAGGAUGCGCAUGGAUCGAUAAACAUAGACGACGAAGACGAGGACGAGUACCCUGAGCUACCACCCGAGAUAGUAUCCUUCGUUUGUGAGAUAUGCAACGCUUCUUUUACCCGUAAACAUAAUCUCAAGAACCACACACGCACCAAACACAGCCAAGGAACCGGCAGUCAAAACUUUAUAUGCCAAACUUGCGGAAAAGCAUUUGCUAGACAGGGAGAUUGCACACGGCACAAGAGUACCGCGCAUUCUGCAACCAUGAAGUUCAAGUGCGGAGGCACGCUUUCCGAUGGUUCGGCAUGGGGGUGCGGGAAAGAGUUCUCGCGCGGUGAUAUACUCAGUCGGCACUGGAAAAGCGAAAAAGGUCAGAGAUGUUUUUUGCCAAAACAAUUGGAUGACGAACGAGGAAACUCUACGCCUAUCACUGCGACAUGAUCAUCUUCCAUACUCCAUGCAAUGGAAUCAAAGCUUGCCAGUCAUCACUCCUCUCAGUUCUGAACAGAAUAUGAUGACCGUUGUUGCAAUCG